AUUUUCUCCUCAGUUGAACUGCCAAAACAUUUUGUGUUGAUUCCGAACAAAUCCAUCACUCUGUUUCGAGGGCAGGAUAGCAGAGUAACCUGUGAAUGUGAUGGUGCUGCAGAUGCUACUCUAAAGUGGGAAAAGAAAGUGAAUAAAGGAUCAUAUUCGGCUGUCCCCGAAAGUAAAGUCACCAUCAUUAAAGAUCUGAUAACCAACAGAGUGCAAGCUAUUCUGAAGAUUGUUAAUGCCCAAUUAAGAGACUCUGGUUCCUACAAAUGCACCGUAAUGGUAGAACCUGAUAAAUCAGAUUACAGGUUGACAACUGUGAGAGUUAUAGGUAGGUUUGUCAGGUUUUUACACAUUGAAUAAUAACUGGGCUUUUAACCAAGUGGACAGGGUGAGGGGGGAGGAAAUCGAACAAAAUUUUUUACUGGCAGGCAUUGGGUUGCUAAAUACGAGAAAGCUCCGUCGUGAAGUGAAACCACUUACCCAAGUUUUGCUGUAUUUACUGCUACCAUUUUGACAAAAAAGGUAUAGCCCUUUCGACCAUCCAUUGACAAACUGGCUUCAUCCCUUUUCUAAACCCUUGGAAUAAAGCUAAUGAAUGAUGAUAAGGGAGAACAGCCACACGUACAGCACUCUCGAUGUUUGAGUUUAAUCCCUCACUGGAACCACCCGCGGCAAUUCAAAUAAAAUCUCUUUCAACGUCCUUUGCCAAAUUUGAUCUCUUAAUAACAUUUUGAUUUUAUUUCAUCUUCAUUUAUUGGCAUAGCUUAGUAAAUCCCUGAAGUAAUAGGGCGAGGAUCUGAAAAAUACGGGUAAAAAUUUCUUCGGGGAAGUCCUGUUCGAUAAUGAUAAAAUAGUAAGAUCAACGUGUUUUCGCUUUCCACGGCAGCUCAGUUGGCAGACCACUUCAGGCUGA